UCGCGAAGAGAGAACACCGCGCCAGUCAGUCCCCGGCGACCGAACCUGUAUAAUACACACAGUAAAAUAUACGAAUCAAAGAAGAAGAAGAAGAAGAAAAAGAAGAGAGAGACGAAAUAAGGAAAGAGAGUGAAAGAGAAAGGGACUAAGGGGGGAAAAAAAGGGAGCGCGAUAUAGAAAAAAAAAGAGAGAAAGAGCGAGAUAACGGUUGAGCUUCGCACUGGCGUCAGUUAUUCGGCUGAACGGCUCAACUGCUAGUCGAUGUUUCAAAGCGCGCCGCUCAUUUCAUUUUCAUAUAUAUAGUUCUCAUUCGAGGUGACAGCAUUAAAAUCACGCGCAUUAUCCUUUCAAAGGACAUAAUGACACUAUUGUUGAUACCGUUUACAAUAAUCACGGUACAAUAAUUAUUCGAUAAACGGGAUUUGUGUUUAGAGCGCAAGCUUACUUUAUAAUAUUUGGAUUAAGUGCCAGAAAAACCUUUUAAAAUAUGGCAAGACAUAUUCAAACGGCCCUUGUAUUAUCUAUCUCUACUCUCCUACUGUCUGUGUCAGCGGACAGUUCUGUUCACACAAUGUCCAAGUAUCAUCAACUGAUCACGUCAACAACCCUAAAUUGGCUACCUCAUAUACAUUAUACUGCCACAAAUGAAGAGAUUGUUAUUGGCAGUUUUGAAGACUCCUCGAAAACCAUAUAUGUGUGUAGAGCUCUACAUAAUGGGAUUUUUGUUACCGGCAGUAUGAAAGAUGGUGAAAAGAAUUGCUUGGUCACUUCACUGAGCAGUGUUAGAUCGUAUAGUAAAUAUGAUCUUUUACAAAAUAUUGACAGUGCUGCACGUGUCAGUUGGGUCUAUUGGGAUAAAUAUCAAGAUAUUCCAGUUGGUGCAGUUUCACCCUCUAACGAUGAAAACUAUUUUGUUGCACGACACAUUGUUGAUGGAGUAAAUUCUCAAUAUGAUUCUUAUGAACAAAUGCAUUACAUUGGUACACUAAAUACCAAAGAUGGACUUGGCAAAAUAACCUACACAAAGAAGGAUGGUACUGAAGGAUCGACAGAAAGUGGACAGAUUCUUGUGGAAACUGAGCCAUUUCGUUAUGAAUUAAAUUCCGUGAAAUUGAAUUUUAUUAAAAAACGAGAGAAGAAAAGGGAGAGAAGAAUACUGGGACAAGCAACCCUCAGUAAUACAGGCACAGAAUCAGGAAAAGUGGCAGAAGCAUUCACGUAUGAGUACAAUUAUACUCAGUACUGGGGUCAGGGUCACGCUAUUCUCAAAGGCCUCAAUACUUCAGUAACACUUCAAAAUAAAACAAAAUUACCUGACAUUGUUUGGGGAAUUCCCGAAAGUAAAGUUCAAAUUGAUGUUAAAACUGUGGAAUAUCUAUUGGAACCAGGAACUGGCGUUAAUGUAACACUACUUGGAAAUUAUACAGACUUGGAAGUGCCAUAUAUGGCAAAAUUAGUUGCAAUUUAUGAUGAUAGUACGGAAAAAAUUCGUUCAAUAAGCGGAGUACGUCAAGAAGAAACAAUGCUUGAUGUUAGGCCAUUAUUUAGUCCUGUAUUCUUUUUAAAUAACAAUAGUUUUGUUCCUACAACAUUACCACCACCAACGACAACAACUACAACAACAACGACGACAACCACAACAACAACAACAACCACUACAACAACAACAAUUGGUCCCGAAUCAAUAAUAAUGACAAAAGACAUGCCCAAUAUAGAAAGUUCCAAUUCAGAAAUGGAAGACGAAAAUAAAAUAAUACCAAGAAAAAAUGAUGGUACAAAUAUGCAAAACGAUGACGGAGGACCACUAUCGUUAAAAAAUAAAAUUGACAGCAAUAAUUCAAUGUCAAAUAUCUGUCUACCAAAUCUUUUAACGAUAACGAUAACAAUUAUUAUUUCACACAUUAGAAUUACGUGAAGAAACUAAAAAAAAAUUUUUUUUUUCUCAUUUAACCUUCUAGAAUGCAUAAAUUUACAAUAGACCUAUAAUAUAUAGCAUCGUAGAGUAUUGUCAAAUGAGAGAGAAAAAAAGAAAUCUAUAUUAUAUCGCUGUACUUUCAUCUGAUGUAAGCGAUAAAAAAAAAAAAAAAAAAAAACUAUAUGACAAACUCUUUUGGCUAUGUUUGGUAUUCAAACAUAAGCUUGCCUUUUUUCAAAAUAAAAGAAGAAAAGAAUCCUUGAUAUUUAAAAAACACAGAAAAAAAAACUAAAUAUAGUUGUAAAUUUAGCGUAGAGAAAGAUCUAUAAAAAAAAACAAAGAGCUAGUCUCAAGAGUAUUAAGUACAAGCGUCAUCAGCAAAAAAAAAGAAAGUCUACAGGAUUUCAAAAGAAAAAAUAUAAAAUCGUUACAUUCCGUCUUGUACUAAUCUAUAUUAAAAAAAAAAUAUGACGGUUCUAAUGCCUUCUUCGUCAAGUCCUCCGGUCUAGAGAAAAAAAAAAAAAAAGAAAAUUUUCUUCAAAAUAUAUAACCAAAUACCUUCUAAUUGCCUUCCUUGAAGGGAGCCUAAUAAAGCACAAAAAGUUACAACUAUUUCAGAUAAUGCUUUUUUUUUCCAAAAAAGAGAAAAACAUUUUCUACUUCUUUUGGCGGAGACCGAAAAAGAAAACAAAAAAAAAAUAAGAUUCGUAUUAUAUAAUUAUAGCUACGCUAUAUUUUUGAGAAUGCAGUAUAAUUUUAGAAGUUUGUAAGGUUUGUAAAAGUAGAAUGUAAGCGACUUGUAGGGCUAUAGGGCUUGUGAAUUUUUUUAGAUGACGAAUGACAGUGCCGGCGCUAAUAAAUUUUUGAUAAAAGUGCGCGCGAUAUUUGUUAUUAAUUUUCGGUAUUAUGUUACUUUAACAAAGUUAAAGAAAAAUAAAAAAAAAACAAAAAAAAAAAAAAAUAGAGGGAAAAAAAGAAGUUAAGAUAUUUUUGAGGUAUUGUCGUCGAUAAAGCGAAAGGCACUGAUAUGUAUAUACAAUGUGACUGAAAGAGUCUUAUUAAUAGGUGUAUUAAAUUGUUAAUAUAUAAUUAUUUAAUGAUUUAUCGUUUUUUUUUUUUACACAGAGUGUAGAUUAAAAAAAAGUUGUAAUUUUUCUUAUUAUGUUUCUCUCCUAUACAAAAUAUGUUGUAUUGUGUUUUUGACUUCCUCGAGAGCAAAGUAGGAAAUAUUAUUGCGUUUAUUGUAUUAAGUUUAUCAUUAAAAAAAAAUUAUUAUAAGGAUAACAUUCCAAUAAGUACCAUUUUAUCAUGGAAAAAAAAAAACUACGUGAUGCCUUACGAAAAGACAUUGCUGCUUUAUAUCAACUUUUAGCUUAUAUAUGUAUAGAAAGAAACCAGAAAAAAAAUAAAUUGUGAAGCUAAAAAAAAUUUAACGAUGAGGAAAAGAAGUGAAGAAUUAUCGACGUAUUAAUAGGAGUAAGGUUUCUAAAUAUUUUUCAUAUCAUUUUACGUAUGAGAAUUUAUUAAUUAUUAUUAUAUUAUUAUUAAUCGGAUCAUCGUUUAAGAUUCGUUUCCUCUUAAUCAAUAUAAGGGCGAAUACUUUGCAAAGAAGCAAUGGAAAUAUUUAAAAAAAAAAAAAGGAAAGAAAACUACCUCUGAACAAAAAAAAUAAAAUAAAAUAAAAAGAUGAUAAGAAGAUGAAGAAGCGAUUCUUUUUGCAGCUUUACCGAAGAAUUAUUAAAAUAUUGUUCACAAAAUGUAUAUCCAAAGCAUCUCUACAACUCUGUAAUAUAAAAUACAAAGACGAAAAAAUAAAUAUUACAAUAGCACA